CAGCUGCGAACAUGCACCAGGCUAUAUCUUCAAACUUCCUAGCUACAUAACCCACACGAUGACAAAGUCUGCACAGUCAUGGCGCCCAACAUACCCGACCACUGGCUCUGGCUCGGCCUAGGCGUCUUUACCUUCAUUGCGAUCAAGCAAGUCUCCCACGGCCUCCAAAACAUACGCAUCAUCACCGAAGUUCACACGCCUAUCCGUCAACCCCACAUAAUCCCCCCAACAUCGCCAACCCACCAAGAAGACGCCAUAAAAACGUCCUCCCUCCUCACCCUCGCCACAUCCCACAACACUGAGAUCCGCUCCAGCGCUACCAAAAUCCUCUGCACGCGCUUCUACGCCUCUGCCUCGGCAAAGAAAGCGCUCGUGCGAGAUUUGAAUAGUAAGGAUGACGACGUGAAGCACCGAGCGCAAUUAGCAUUCAACCUAUUAUGCGACAUGGGCGUGUGGACGGAGUAUAGCUUACCGCCGCCGACGCCUAGGGGAGCAUGGCGGUUGUUGGGGCGGAGGGAGUGGGAUUUCCAGAGGGAUGCUGCGGAGAGGGAUUUGCGGAGAAGGAGGAGAGAGGCGGUGGUGAUUCAUGAAGGAGAUGGAGCUGUGGGAAGAGAGGAUGUUUACAUGCGGGACCAGGAGGGGAGGAUGAGCAUUGAGGAUGCGACGCCCGGUCAGGAGAGGACCCCAAGUGUAGAGGUGAUGUUGGCUCUGUUGAGGACCGUGCAUGAAACUCUGGUAGAUCACGAGGGAAAUCUACUAGUGAGAGAGGGGGAUGUAGAUGGAGGACUCACAGGGCUAGAUGCGCAGUGAGCAGGAUGGGCAGGACAUAUCUUGCCCCUGUCUCGUGGCCGGAUGAGUGACACGAGAUUUUGACACUAUUUUAUGAUACCCCUAGCACGCAAUGAUGAAAUGACGUCUUUAUUUUCCUGUGUCUGUUUGGUGAUACCCCGCCUCGUUCAUACAAGUACUUUAACUAAUUG